AUGGACGGGCUAACAGAGAAAACCUGCAAAACCUCGCGAGGCCUCAACUACCGCUACUAUGUGUCCGCGAGUGAAGGCAAAGACGUUUCGAAGCCGCCUUUGAUGCUUCUCCAUGGCUUUCCCGACAGCUCACUUCUCUGGACGGAGAUGCUUCCGCAUCUUUCCAAACUGCCCAACAGGCUCCUGAUACCCGAUUUACUCGGCUAUGGCGGUACCGACAAGCCCACCGACCCGAAGUUAUAUGGCUAUGAUGUUAUGGCUCAUGACCUGCGAGAUAUUAUCGAUGCCGAGGGCAUGCGCCAGGUCGUCUCCCUCGGUCAUGACUGGGGAUCCGCAAUGGCACAGAGAUUCUACAACUUUCACGCUGAUCGCACCGCCGCGCUUGGUAUGCUGAAUGUAGCAUACAUGCCACCAGACAAGGAGCACCCUUACAACAUUGAGAGCAUCAACGCCAUGACAAGGAAAGCGUUCGGUUACCCGGCCUUCGACUACCAGUACCUCCUCGUCUCGCCAGACGCGCCAGAGUUGCUGGAGAAGGACCUCGAUCGCACAUGGUCAGCUUUGCACAGCGCAGGGGACGGCAUGCGCGAGCUCUUCUGCACACCUGGCGCAUUACGCGAGUAUCUUAGCAAUCAUGAUAUACCCGCCCUUCAGGUCAGAGACUACGCCAAAGACGCACAGCUGAAGCAGGCUUGGCAGACGAUGAUUCGUUCCGGCGGUUUCGCAGCGCCUUGCAGCUGGUAUCUUGCCAAUACUGAGCAAGUAAACUUCGAGGCAGAGAAGAAGGUAUCGGACGCCAAUAUCAAGGUCGAUGUACCGGCGCUCUUUGUUGGUGGCGCUGAGGAUCCCGUCUGCCGACCGGAAGUGAUCAAUCGGUCGAAAGAGUCUGGGCUUCUCCCAGACCUGAAGAUCGAAACGGUGGAGAGCGGACACUUCUCCCCUUAUGACAAGCCGGCCGAGAUUGCCGGCCAUAUCAAGGCGUUUGUGGAGCAGAAAGGCCUAUAG